GGCAGUGGUGCGGCCGUGGCGGACGCGUGCGGUUGUGUAUUGAUUGGGACUGUUUGUUAGUUUUCAUUUUGGACCACUUUGAAAAUAAUCAUUUACCCAUAGUCGUAUUAUGAUAAAUGUGUGCGAGCGCGUAAUAGUUUUCGUAUAAGAUAAAAUUUUAACAGACGUAGUUUUUAACGUAUUGAAAUUUUUAUUAUAUAUUAUAUUUAUAUAUAUUUUAUAUAUUAUAUUUAUAUAUAUUUUAUAUAUCAUAUCAAAUACGAUCGACGAGUAGUCACCCCAUCGCCAACUUUCGGAAAUCUGGCGAGUGAAUCAAUUUAAUGCUGAUAUUGAUAUAAUAAUAUAAUAUUACAUCGGCACGCCGGUGUUGUUGACACGUGUUAUAUCAAACAUAAAUGACUGUUGCUUGGCGUACGAUAACAUGCUAACGGCCCGAAUGUUCGUCGAGCCUAUGCCGUUCAAAUUAUCGGUUGUUCGAUGGUUACUUUUGGCCAUUAGUGUGCAAAACGUUUUUUCAAGACCCGUUCAAGAAUACAGCAAUACGCGUCGACGAAUCCGGUCAACGCCAAUAUACGAUGAUGUGCAAGGGUAUUUGAUGAAGUUUGGUUACUUGCCAGAAUCAGAUCUAGAAACUGGCAACUUGAGGGAUGGAAAUCAACUACACGAUGCUUUACGAACAUUGCAGACAUUUGGAAACAUUCCUGUCACCGGUAAAAUGGACGCAGCUACUAAAGAGUUAAUGAAAAAACCAAGAUGCGGCGUUCCCGAUAUAUCACAGACUGCGAGUCAGCAGCGGACUAAACGCUAUACUUUGCAAGGUCAAAAAUGGCAUCACGUCAACUUGACGUGGAGUUUGCGGACGAGGCGCUUGGAUAAGGUAGACCACGGAUGGGUGAGGUCGGACUUGAACAGAGCGUUUCAAGUGUGGUCCAAGUAUUCCAAGCUCACGUUCCGAGAAGUUAACAGCGAAUCUGCGGACAUACUGGUGUUUUUCGAAAAAGGUUACCAUGGCGACGGAUAUCCGUUUGACGGGCCAGGUCAAGUGUUAGCUCAUGCAUUCUUCCCGGGUACCGGACGAGGGGGUGACGCUCAUUUCGACGAGGAGGAAGAAUGGCUGGUAGCUGAUAAGACAAGCAAAGACGGAACUAGUCUGUUCAGGGUGGCCGUUCACGAAUUUGGACAUUCACUCGGUCUUUCACACUCGUCGGUACAAGACGCAUUGAUGUUUCCGUGGUACCAAGAAAUGCAAUCCGACUUUGAACUUCCCAAUGACGACCGAAUCGGUAUACAGGUCCUUUAUGGUGCGAAAGAUGACAAGAGCUGGGGUGACAUACCAGUGUACAGACCGACUUCGCAGAGACCGGUUCUUUCGACCACCGUUCCGACUACUACAGAGGUUACCAGGUCCACGACCAUGACCAUUUAUACUACACCUGUGACCCCCACGAAAUCCACUACCAGUAGGAUAACGCCGCCGAGACGACCGGAUGUUGCAGUGGUCGUUAACGAAAAACCGGACUUUUGCAACACAUCUUUCGAUGCAGUGUCGAUCAUACGGAAAGAGACGUUCUUCUUCAAGGGCAAAUAUACAUGGAGACUAGGUUCCAAGGGACUAUACGCCGGAUAUCCGGCUCUGAUCGCCCGGCUAUGGUACAACCUACCCGAAAAUAUGACCCAGGUGGACGCCGUGUACGAAAGACAAGACGGCAAGAUUGUGUUUUUCAUAGGUCGCAAUUAUUAUGUGUUCGACGGCAACAAUCCGCUACCAGGAUACCCGAAACCGUUGACGGCGCUCGGACUACCCGAAGAGUUGGACCACGUGGACGCGGCGUUCGUCUGGGGUCACAACAGCAAAACGUACAUAUUCAGCGGCACAAUGUACUGGAGGUGCGAUGACGAAACGGGCAAGAUGGAGCUGGACUACCCACGGGACAUGUCCAUAUGGCGGGGAGCGGGGUACAACAUCGACGCGGCGUUCCAGUGGCACGACGGAGCGACGUACUUCUUCAAGAACCGCGAUUUCUGGAAGUUCAACGAUCUCAGGAUGCGCGUCGAACAGGAAGAGCCCAGAUCGAUCGGCGCGUUUUGGUUCAACUGCACUGCGACGGGCACCGGUGAUCGGUGGCCUGACACCAAAAACAAGGGCCGAACGACUGGUCAGAAGGGCAUCGGAGGCCGAUUUCGAAGCGCCGACGACGGACCCUCAGGUGGCGACAACGUAGGCUCUUCGAGGUCCAUCGCCACGGAUCAUACGCCACCGCCGAUCGUGGCGUGGUCGGUUACGAUGGCGUCGCUAGCGACAAUCGCUCGUUGGGCGCGGUGAAAGUCGCCACACGAAAAACCAUACGCGUUCGUCAUCAUAUUAUAUAUAAUGUAUUUAUAAUAUUGUAAUAGCUAUUGUGAUGUAUAAAUGUAUAAUUAUUCUCGGCGUCCGGCAAAGUUCCGGUCGUCGAGUGUGACGAUCGAUUCUAUCGAGUCAUUCGACCAAAUAAUAAUAUAAUGUAACUGA